AUGAAGCAGGCAAGCUAUGAAUCAAUAGCAGAUUUUCUUGUAUCUCAACGGCGAGAUUCCUUGAACUCUGCUUUUGAUUCAAUCUAUCAGAAGAUAUCGAAAUUAACAUUCAGAGACGAAAAUGUUAAAUUAUCGUCACAAGAAUUUGUAAACCAAUGCUUGCAAACUAUCAAAACUUCAUUAACAAGUGAACAAGAGAUGUUUAUUUCUUAUAUUUUGGCUUAUUGCGGCAGUUCUAAUGUUCCAAAUGAAUUGAAUCAGUACAUUCGCGAUUUGAUGAAAACAAAGAAAUCUUUUCCAACAAACUCAACUAACAAGAUGAUACAAUCUUCAAAAUCUUCAAGUAACGUAACUAAAAAUAUCAAAUUUAAAGAUUUUAGCGCGAAACAAACUACAGCAAGCAAAUUAGCAUCAGAUAUGAAACAGUCUUAUUCAGAAUUUGUCUCUUCUUCUCAAAAUUUAUUUUCAAAUCUUAAAAAACUUACUAAAAAAGUCGUAGCAAAACAGUCGAGCAUAAUACAAUCUGAUAAAAGAUUCAUAUCAGAAGCCAAAUCUCAGCAAAAAAUCGAUGAGGCAGAAAUAAAUAGAUUAAAACAGCAAUUGAUCAGCACAGAAUCUCAAUUAAACCACUACAGAACUCAAUUAUCGAAUAUACGAGCAAAACCAGCUGAUAAAACAGACUACUCAUAUAAUUCGAUUAUUGAAGAAAAUGAACGUCUCAAAAAGGAAAAUCGUGACUUAAGUCAGAAGCUCCGUAACUCAUCCUCGAUUGUUACCGAUAAGAAUGAAACAGAACUCGAAAAAGAAGCAAAAGACAAACAAUUAGAGCUUGCUUUAGAACAUAUCGAUGAGAUUGACAAUGAAAGAAGAAGGUUGAUUAAUAUUAACAAGAAAUUACUUAACAAAGUCAAAGAAUAUUCUCAAUCGAAUGAUGAAUCUCUUAAUCUUCAAAAUAUCAUAAGCGAAAAGUCAGAACUCAAUGAGAAAAUGGAUGCUGAAAUGAAAAUUUUGAGAAAUGAUAAAGAAAAAUUAAAUAUCGAAAUUGAAACAUUAAAACACGAAAAUGAGGAAUUAAAGAAGAAUAAUAAGAAGCAGAUAGUCAAAUACAAACAGUUAGAAACAGAUUACAGGGACUUAAAGAUCGAAUUAAAUCCGAUAAUUUCGGAAAACGAGAAAAUGAAAGAAGAAGUCGACAAUGAGAGACAGAAAUCGAUGGAGAGCAUGUCUGAUACUGCAAAAGUCACUGAAAGAGAAGCCCAUCUCAUGGAAGAGAUCUCGAAACACAAAGAAAAAAUCCAAAACUUGGAAAUUUCUUUGUCAAAAGAGAAAAAAUUUUCUAAAUCUCUUUCAAAAUCAGAAGAAGAAUUAACUCAAGUCAAACGCCAAAUGGAAGAUUUAAUGGAAGAGAAUGAAAACAUUAAGGAAAUACUUGCUAAAUCUGUUGAAUCGCUGAAGAAAAAGAAAUCUGAAAUUAAUGAUUUGAAAUCAUUAGUUGAGAAUCAAAAAACUGAGAUUUCUGAUGUUGAGAAGUCAAAAGAAGAGCUUUACAAUGAGAUUGAACAGCAGAAAAAGGAAAUUGAACAAUUGAAGAAAGAAAUUGAAAGAAAUGAUAUGAAUUUCAACAACUAUAGAGAUAUGUCGAACAAGACAUUGAGGAAAACUGAAGAGGAAAAGAACGAAAUCGAAAGACAAUUUGUGAAAUACAAAUUAGAUACAAACACCGAAAGUGAAACAUAUAAAACACUUCAGACAACAUUAACAGAUAGAAAUGAUGAGAUUUCCAAUCUCAGGAAGAAAGUUUCUGACUUCCAAAAAGAAAUCAUCAAAAUGCAAGAAGAGAUGCAUAGCAAAUCCAAAGAUUUUGAUAAAAACAAAGCAGAAUUUACCAAUAAAAUCAAGAAUCUUGAGAAAUUAAAUGAAGAUCUUCGAUCCCAAGUUAUAUCUUCACAAAAUACAAGAAAGAAAUCAGAAGAUAUGAUGGAAGCAUCAAUGAAACAAUAUGAAAAUGACAUUCUUAACCUCUCACAGCAAAUUGAAAGCAAUAAUUCAAAUCAUCAAGAAAUAAUUAAACAAUGUAAAGAAGAAUCAGGCAAUAAGAUCAAAGAAAUAGAAGCAGAAUACGAAGACAAAAUUAAUAAGCAAAAGGAAAAAUUGGAAAAUAAAAUCAAAGAUAUCGAAUUUCAAUAUUCCGAAAUUAAAUCUAAAUAUGAAGAGGUGAAUAAUCAAAUUCAAGAGGCAUCUCAGAUGAAAGAAACAUUUGAUAAUUGCUGCAUAUCAUUAUUCGGAAGUAUUAAGACAUCAAACGAGUUUUCUUCAUUAAUAAAUCAAAUGAAAGAAGAAAAUCUCAAGUUAAAUGAACUUUCUAAAACAAACGAGAUCCUGACUGGAAAGCUUGGAAAAAUAUAUAUGGCAAACAAAAUUCUGAAAUCUGAAAAUGCAAAUUUGAAAAAUAAUUUAGUCAUUUCAUCUCAGUCGAGUCGGAAAAUUUCUGAUGAAUUCAAAAAUUUGUCAAAAAAGUACAAUGAAUUGAAUAAUUCAUCGGAAAAUUUGACUAAUGAUAAUAAAACAUUAAAUGAGAAGAAUCAGAAGCUUAAUGAACUAAAUAACAAUUUAAGCUCCGAAUUUCUCAAGUUAUCUUCUCAAAAUGAAGUAUUAACAAACAAUCAAAAGAUUCUAGAAGAAAAGCAUAAUAAAUUACAGAAUGAUCAUAAGCAAUUAGAAGAAAAUUUCCAGAAAUUAAAUAACGAACACCAGGAAUUAACAACAAAUUACGAAAAACUAACAGAAAAUCAUGAGAAACUUAAAAAAGAAUAUGAAACAGCGACAAGUGAAUUAUCUAUUUCUAUGAAUGAUGUCAAUGAAUUAACUGAACACUACAAACAACUCAAAGACGAAAUAUUUAAUAUCAAUAAUCAAUACAAUGAAAUAAUUUCUGAUAAUGAAAGAUUGAAAACUGAAUUAGAAUUAACAAAAGAUGAAUUAAAUGAAUCAAAUAAUAAUUUAUCGAAGAUUAAAUUAGAAAAUGAAGAAAUGUCGAAAUCAUUAAAUAUCAGCGAAUCUGAUAAGAAGAAAUUAGAGAAUGAGUUGGAAGAAAAUAACAGAGAAAUAGAAAACAUUUCAUUGUCGCUGGAUAAAGAAAUUUCUAAAAACGAUGAACUUCAAAAAUGUUUGACAAAAUUGAGUUCAAAAAUAACAGAUUCAUCAUCAAGAAUAGAUGAUUUAAGCGAGAGAAAUAAGGAAAUGAAGGAAUACAACAAACAAAUCCUACAAGAAAACAAAAAAUUGAAGAGAAAACUUAAUUCAAAUUCACAAAUUCCUGAUAUUAAUAAAUUACAAUCAGAAAAUAAAACAUUGUCACAAGAACUAUUUAAACUAAAGGAUGAGAAUCAAGAGCUACUUGAGAGAGUCGCAACAAUGACUUUGAGUUUAUCACAACUUGAAUUUGAAGAAGAGGAAGAAACAAUGCUUUUAAGUCCUCAAUUUGACCAAUUAAAUAAUCAUACAGAAGAAAAAAUUAAAUCUGUUAUUUCUUCACCGAGAUCAUCAAAGAAAAGAAAUAGACCAGUAUUCCUUACACAAUCAUUAAAUGAUGCCGAACUUUCGUCAGAAACUGAGGUCAAAAGUGAAGUGAUUUCAGAAAACCACAGCGAAGGCAGCCAAAUAAAUGAACUCAGUAAAAAUCAUUUCAGCGAAGAAGAAAUAGAACAAUAUGAAAAUUCCUAUGAAGAGGAAGAAUUUUCAGAUGAUUAUGACAUUUCUGUAAAUGAUGAUGAUGAAGAAAAUGAUUAA